AUGUCUGGCUUCGGACAGGGUGGGAUAUACCAGCCUGAUGCACAGCAGCAACUGCUCCAGUUGCUACAGCAACAGCAACAGCAACAGCAACAGCCACCCCAGACGAUGGCGUUUGCCAAACCACAAACAGAUUUUAUGAACAACUUUACGCAGCAACAAUCCCCAACGUUGCUGGCACAAUCAAAUGCCCCUAUGCAACAGGGAAUUCAGAACCAAUUUGUUCAAGCAAAUGUGAUGCAGCAGCCGAACCUGCUGACACCACCGAUGAAUACAAUGUCAAUCAGCAACCCUGGCGUUGCCAAGCCCCAAUCACAAGAUGCGAAUGCGGUGCUGGCUACGAUGCUGAACAAAGCCAAGUCCGGUAUGCUAAGUCAAAAUCAGCUUGCACAGCUGCGUGCGAUUGUUGAACAGCAAACCUCGCAGCAGGCACAGCCUUCACAACAGGCCCAAGCGCAAGCACAGACCAACGCACCCACUGCACAAUACAAUGCUCUGCUGCAAUCGCUUCAAAACGCCCAAUCCCUAGCACAACAGCCUUUAAUGAUGCAGUCGCAAGCUGGGUUGCAACAGAAUAUGAUGAAUCUUGGCAACCCAGAUGCGAUCAAGCAGCAACCCAAUAUGGUGCAGGGGGUGCAAUUCGUGCACACCAUCCAGCAACGGAUCCGAGAUGUGGAGCAAAAGCUGACCACGCCGAUGUCCGAGAAUGAGCGGCAGUCACUACAACGUGCGCAUCAGGAGCUUGCUCGGAUCCAGAAUGCACUCGUUCAGAAACUAUCGCAAGCUGCGGGCCUGCAUCCAUCUGGCAAUGUAGUGCAGCCUCCUGCACCAACUGCGAACAGCUUGGGGAACAUGAGCUUUACAAAUACACAACAGAAUCCAUCCAUGGGUCUCCAGUCUGGUAUAAGCGCCAUGCAUAGCAGUCCCACGCUCGGUGCUUCGUCCGUUCAACCUAUGGCAAUGCCGCCAGCACAACAGAAUGUGCCUGUUCCUCAGGCCACUAUUAGUCCCGAACAAUUCAAACGAGUCUUGAAUGAUUUGAUGCGACGACAUGAAAAACCAUUUCUUGGCAAUCCUAUCCUGGAUGGACGCGCAGUUGACCUGUACAGGCUGUUCAUCACAGUGCAAGCGUUGGGAGGCAGUAAGAGUGUGACGCAAAAGGGAGCCUGGCCGUCCAUCGCUGUGUCGCUUGGCCUCGUUACCCCCCAGUCACCACAGCUGCAAGUAUCUGCUCAAAAGGUUGCCCAUAUUUACAGGAGCUCUUUGGAACUUGUGGAAGAGGUAUGGAGCAGAGCAAUGUUACACCAAAUGUCGUUGAGUAUGAAUCGGGGCACGGUGGGUAAUGACUCGCAAAACUUGAGCAAGCAAUUUGCGAUGCCGCAGAACCAGCAGUCAUUUGUGCCUGCACAACAGGUGCGCAAUUCGCAGAGGCAUAGUCAACACAUUCCGCCCGAGCAGCUAUCCCUAUUAAUGCAACAGGAGCAGAGGAAGCAACAGCUUGCCAAGAAUGGCCAUGGUGCCCAAAUGCCGAACCAGGCUGAUAAGCAGCCGUGGCAAAUGAUGCAGACGUUGCCAGAGUGUGGGUCCACGCCUACAAAUCCAGCGGUUAAGGCCAGCCACAAUCCAAAACUGAUGCAAGGCAUGAACAAUCCGCGCAUCAAAGUUACGCCCCAGAUGUUGGAGAAUGCAGAGCAAAUGCUUCGAAAAGUGGAUGCAAGUCUAGCAGCAUUGCGACCAAGAUUACCUGUGAUCCAAAACAUGUCCGAGCAGGAGCGGGACGAAGUGCUCGAACAGUCCCGCAAACUGGGCUCGCUCAAGGCCACAGUGACUGCACUGCUCCCCGCAUUCUUGGCUAUGACAGGCAAUAUUGAGCCAGUCAAGCGCGUCAAGAUCAUGACGUACAUGAUUGACGACCAGCUAGCGCUCCUACCGAAGAAGCAGGUUAUUCUACGACUUCCGGACUUGGAGAAGCUUAAAGUCCAGUUGACACGAUGCAUUGGGUUUGUUCGCGUAAAUGAUGACAAACUUGCUCAGCAGAUUGUGGUCAAAGCAUUGCAAAGCAUAGCACAGACCCAGCGGAAUAUGAUGCGCAAAGCGGCAGAAGACCAAGAGGCCCGAGGCCCGGCCCCGGCGGAUGUGCCAUUAAAUAAGCGAAGCAAGUCUAGCAAUGACGACACUUUUGUGAAUACAAGCGACGAUAGGAAAGGUCGGACUAUGAAGACGAGGAGUUCCAGGAGCAAGCCUGCGGCAACGAGUCCUCCCGUUGCUUCAACGGCUAGCACUAAAAAGGCGCCUGACACUGCAACUGAUACUGUUGGCUCAUCGACCGACUCAGAUGUGCACGCAAACUUUAUUGCACACGCUAAAAAGGCAGUGGAAAACGAACAGAGUCAAUAUAUGGAACUGGCCAAGUAUUCCCCGAUGGACUUUGUCAAGAAAUCAUGGGAAGAGUUGGCUGCACUAAGUGCACAAUCUCUUCCAUCCCAUAUUGAAGGAAGCGAUGGUCAAGGCAACACAAAUUACGACGAGAAUUUCCAGGCGUUGGCUUUGGAUCACACGGAUGCGCUGCUCUAUGCGAUGAUGCAGACUCCCUAUACACUUUCAAGUGAUUACCAAGAUAUCUUGACAUUAGGCCUGGAGUCUGAAGAUAUGUUGGGAGGAGAUUUGAAAAAUGCUGCAAUCAGUGAUGCCAAACAAACGCAAGAGACUGCUCUAGAACAGCACACGGAUGUUACAAUUUUUAAUUUUGCCGUCCCAGAUGCCGCUGCCACAACACUUACCAACGGUGUAGGCGCAAACGAUACUGAAAAAGAUUCAAACGCCAGCUGGUGGCUAAAUUCCGAUGUCCUCACCGUUAAAUUAAAAAAUCAACUUAAAACAAAAUUUAAAUAUUUAUAA